GGCCGCGCUGCAGCCUCGGCCGGGGAGGCGCCGCUCUCGCACCGCUGGGGCGCUGCCGCCGCCGGGCCCGGGAGCGGGAGGAGCUGCGCAUCUCUUUCGCUCCUGGUCUUUUUUUUUUUUUUUUUUCCCCUACGAACCUCCUCGAAGACAAGUGAUGUCCACGGCUACUCUGAUCACCUUGGUACGGAACGGAGGGUUCCAAGUAAGGAGGAGAGCCGCGCUCACGCCGCGCUUCCUGCAGGACGAGAAGCGCCCCGCAGCCGCCUGCUCCAUCUCCACCUGCCAGCGCCGCGCCUCCCGCUUCGACUCCGACGGCAGCGGGCGGCCCACCACCUGGGACACCUUCGGCAUCUGGGACAACCGCAUCGACGAGCCCAUCCUGCUGCCGCCCAGCAUAAAGUACGGCAAGCCGAUCCCCAAGGUGAGCCUGAGCAACGUGGGCUGCGCCAGCCACAUCGGGAAGCGAAAGGAAAACGAGGACCGGUUCGAUUACGCUCAGCUGACGGAGGAUGUGCUGUACUUCGCAGUGUACGAUGGGCACGGCGGGGCGGCAGCCGCGGACUUCUGUGAUAAGUACAUGGAAAAGUAUAUUAAGGAAUUUCUUGCUGAGGAGGAGAACCUGGAAAAUGUUUUGAGCAAAGCUUUUCUAGAAAUAGACAAAGCUUAUGAAAGGCAUGCCAAUCUCUCUGCUGAUGCAACUCUGCUGAACUCUGGGACCACUGCAACAGUGGCUCUGCUCCGGGAUGGAAUUGAGCUGGUUGUGGCAAGUGUGGGAGACAGUCGUGCUCUGCUGUGCCGGAAGGGAAAGGCCAUGAAACUCACCACUGACCAUACUCCAGAGAGAAGGGAGGAGAAGGAAAGGAUUAAGAAGUGUGGGGGCUUCGUUUCCUGGAACAGUGUGGGACAACCUCAUGUGAAUGGUAGACUUGCUAUGACACGGAGCAUAGGAGAUUUGGAUCUUAAAAACAGCGGUGUGAUAGCCCAGCCAGAAACAAAAAGAGUUCAGCUGCACCACGCAGACGACAGCUUCCUGGUGCUGACCACCGACGGCAUCAACUUCAUCGUGAACAGCCAGGAGAUCUGCGACUUCAUCAGCCAGUGCCACGACCCUGCCGAGGCCGCCCACGUGGUCACCGAGCAGGCAGAGCAGUUUGGCUCUGAGGACAACAGCACAGUUGUCAUAGUGCCAUUUGGAGCUUGGGGCAAGUACAAGAACGGGGAGAUGACCUUCUCCUUCAGCCGCAGCUUCGCUUCCAGCGGGAGGUGGGCGUGAAGACAAAGCCACCGCGAUCCUUUGCUGCCGUCACCCGGACACGGCGUGCUACAGGAGAACACCUCCAUCUGCUCCUAGGCUGACUCAGUGUCUUGUCCAUCUCUUCUGUUCCCAGUGUUAGAAGGUGCCGCUGCUCCCUUGGUGCGUAGUGCCCGUUGUUGCUUACGGCUGACCGUGUCUCGCUGCCCGCGUUACUCCAGGCGGCGCCGGGGCAGCGCCCGGGGUGUGAGGCCUCAGCAGCUCCACACAUCACUUUGUUCACACAGAUGAGGUUCUGGGCUUUCACCUGAGGCUGGAGGGGGUGCACAGUCAUUUCAUGCCUACCUGUAUUCCCCUCAGUUCCCUGGCAGCUGUGAGCCCCUGAGCCACGCGCUGGCUUCCUUGUCCGAUAAAACACGGGAACAAACGCACAAUGUUCUUAGGUAGACAGAAAGAGGGUUUGUUGUCUUCUGCUGCUGCAGCCACCCAAAACUGCCCUGUGCUCCAGGAGGAGCGGGUGAAAAAGAAAGGAGAAGUUUCAGAAUGUUUAGGUUCUGAUGGCAGUGGCAUUUGGUGUAGCUGUCCAAGUUCCUGAGACAGUGCUGCUUUAUGCUCUCACUGCUGUCAUCUGUGAUCCUUAGCUCCAAGGAGACAGAGCAGGCUGGAGCCACGUGCUGUUGGACAGAUGGGAACCUCUCUCCAUUGGCUCCAAACCUGUGCAGUCUCUGUGGACCAUGCAGCAGCCCCUUGCACUGUCUUCUCUUUGCUGUCAGUGCCUGACAGAAGCACAGAGGAGGGAAAAAGACGCACAGUUUUGAUAUCCAGAGACUGUCAUCAACUUGAAUUUUUUUUUUUUUCUAAAUAAAGAAAAUAAGCUAAUUUCAAAGAAUUUACUCUUCAAGGUCUGAUGCAUAAGACAGUUUAUUUCUUCAUACACACCUGAGGAUUUUCCUGCCCCCUGCUGAAGGUGUCUGAGUUAGCUGUGAUCUCUCAUGUCUCUUCAUGGCACACAAGGAGGUAUAAAAUGUCCCGAGCAAGCUAGAGAAAGGAGAGAACAUUAUGAUAACAUAGGGUAAUUUUUGUAAGUUUGGGGCAUUGUUUCUAGUAGGUAUCAGAUAUUCAUACACCAGAAAAGAGUUUUAUACUUAAAGGAAGUGUUUUCACUUCUCUCUUUGGAGGGGAAUCUGUAUCCAGUGAGGCAUGGGGGGACCAGAGCUCUGAUCCAGCUCAUACCACUGCCGUGAUGUGGACUGCAGGUGUCAUGUGGGCACAGGUGAAGAUCUGUCCCAGUGUGCCUUGUUCAGACCUCUUCCUUCCUCCAUUCCACGUCAGCCGUCAGCUCCUGUGGCAUGGAAGAAUGGGAAGAGAAGAAUCGGUCUUUUCUCAGCCUUGCCACAGUAUUUUUCCUUCUAUGGAUGUUUCCAACAGCACAAUUGUAAAAACAGAACAAAACGAAAGAGAAAUUGCCUGAUACUAAAUCCCCUUGUGAAAAAAAAAAAGAAUUCUGAGGUGCCUGGCCCGAUUCUGAUUUUCCAGUGUGAAAUACAUAUCUUUUUUACUUUUAUCCCUUUCCUUUUCAUCCAGGGUUACCCCUUAGGCAGUCACUCCAUGCGUUUUUCCUUGCCUGUGGUGGAAGGCCCAGCAGAGCACCGUGUUGCACUGGCAGCGUUAAGUACCGGGUGUUCAGAGUGCCCCGGCUUUGUCUGUCCCAUCACUUGGUGUGUUAUGAGGUGUGUACAACAGACUGAUUUGGGUUGUAACUGCAGCGGUGUGUGUAAAUCUCUGCUGCACGGGAUGCUGGUGCCCUGGCCUGCGUAGUGAGCACACCACUGCUUCACAAUCCUAAUUCCCUCUCUCCUCAGAUUUUCUCCAGGGCUGGGGUUCAGUGUUCAUCUAAGGUCAGGAUGGUUGCUGUUGGGUGUUUCUAUUUAUCCAGGGAAGGAUCCAUCCAUAACUUCUUAGAAGUUUUACCAAGGAAGGGAUAAGACAAAGCUCUGUGAAAUAGAGGAUGAGUAGAUCAAGGUGUAUUGGUGGUUGCCAUUGCUGCUUCUCUGCCAUCGCAGAAACACUUGGAUUGGGAGAGAGUCCUGGGCACCAUCUCACCUCCAGUCCUUUCUAUUGGACCCAUUGUUUUCCUUGUCCAGUUUCUUUUUCACUCCUGGGGCAAUUCCUGUAGCUGCUGCUGUUGUUUGAGUCCUGCCUCAAGCCCAGCCCUCUCAGAACACUGAGCUGAGGCUUGGUAGGCACAGGGCAGGCCCCAGGAUGGGCCAAAAGCUGCUGGUUUUCACUGGGGAGGGCAAGGCACCCCUCCAUCAGGUGACACACCGGUUUGCCAGGGUUGUUGCCCAUUCAGGUGUAGAGUCCCAGGCUCUGGGAGCUGAUCCCUGUGCUGGGGACCUGCCCAAAAUCUUCCACACACCCUGCCAGCCAGGGAACAGGCGCCUCAGGGUGCGUUUCAGCAUUGCCGCACCCAAACCCCUUCUCUUAUGCCACGAUGACACCAGAUUCCACCAACCCCAUUACUGCCAACAGAGUUAAUUAGUAGCAUUAGCAGCUCAUGCAAACAUGAACGGGACCUCUGGAACUGGCACAAUCAUCCACACCACUCCAGAGUGGGGAGAGGGAGAUGCAUUCCCUCAUCCUCCCGUGGAGACAGGACAGCCCCGCAGCACAGCAAGGCCAUCCAUGCCAGGACACAGCCCAGAGCCACUGUUCGUACCAACACAUUCCCAGCUUUGUAACGGGUAAGCAGUGCAGCCAGCAAACUCCCUGAGUCCCACAGGAGGCUGCCACUGCUGCGGCAAUCACACACAGGACACAAAGCUGCCAUUGUCCAUGUCCCAUGCUGGGUGCCAAAAAGGACCCUGGAUGGUGAACCUUGGCUGGACAUCAGUUGCCCACCAAACUGCUCCUAUCACUCCCCUCCUCAGCAGGGUGGGUGCUGGGAGGAGAAAAUAAAAUGAGAAAGAAACCCCAAACCUGGUCAAGAUAAAGCUAAUUAAUAAAGAGUGUUAGCAGCCCCUUUUCAGGGCCAAUACACAGCCCAGCACUGUGGGGAGAUGAGCUCCAUCCCAGCCAGGCCCAAUAGACACUUUGGGUUUUCCAUCUGGUCAGUAGGCCUCCUGCAGCCCGUGGCAGCUCUGCAAGAAACCAGCUCCACUGUACCCCACCGAGGGACUGGCAAGAGCCUCCUGCACAGCAGAGCUCCUUCAGCUUGAGGACAAAGAGCAAAUUGUCCUGACAACGGCAGCUGCCUGUCAGAGAGGUUUAUUAUUCCAGGACACUGAAGGAUCUCAGACUCUGAAUGAAACAAAAUGGAAUGUUCGCUCCCUAGCUCACUGUCUUUCCCAUGCAUCUGAGGUUUCAACAAAAAAAAAAAAUAUUGUUUAUGACAGACCGAACCAAACAUUAGGGGUGACCUGCUGAGCAAACUGUAAAAAAAGUUUGGUUUUUUCUACUUUUUAGGGGAUGGAUUUUGAAAUCCAUUGGAUUUGGGAAGAAUAUUUUCUUGCCUGAACAUCCCCCCUGGAGCAGCGCAAUCUCCCUCUGUACAGGCACUGCAGGAGGGUGGGAUGUGGGUGCAGAAAGGCAAAAAUGCUGUCCAGCUAAGCAUUCAUUUUUUCUGUGAGGAUAUGGAAGGCAGGGGCGGCCUCCUGUUGCUGCAGGAUUUACUAGGAGAGGUGUUGAGACUGCAAAUGGAUUUCCAACUCAAGUGUCUCCACCACUUGGAAAGGUGGGGGUUUCACGCUUUAUAGAGGGGAAAAAAAGUCAUUUGCAGCCUGGAUUCAGGAGAGCUGGUCUCUCUGGAUGAUGAACAUAGCACAAAUGGGGCAGAGAUGCAGUAACUCAUUUAAUAUAUAUUCGUUACAUUCAUUCCCUUGGGGCUGAAAUGCUCAGGGCUGGAGAAUAAUCCUGGAGCCGCUGAAAAUGGGGGUGCAGAGAGAAAUCAGCAAUAUCACUGCUUUUUAUGUAUUUGGAAAUUGAGAGGAGUUUAGACUCACCAUAGGAAUUCCGCCGAAUUCCAUGGGAUCAGGGUUCCAUGAGCCACAUUUUCUGUCUCAGUCGAUGGAUGUGCUGUGGUCAGAGACAUUGGGAUUUUUAGCUAAGGGAGAAGCACAAAACAGCAACUAUCAGUGAAACUGGUUUAAUAAUAAUUCCUCUUAAACAGCUUCCGCUGGGCACUGCCAGGUCGGUGCUCACUCACCCAAGAAGCCGAGUGUACGGUACAGCAACACCCCGGGCGUUCCUUGGUCCCAAACUGCUGUUCUGGAUGCAGAGAUACCCAUCAGGUGCCCUCUCAGCCCGGGAUAUGGAGUGCUUGGGCAGUGGUGCCUGUCGUUUUCAUAACUUUCUUACAGACUGAAGCGCAAUUGUGUACCUCUGCUACACGCUUUGCCUUGGGGCUGUGUGUCAUGCCUGUGGUUUGAUGUUUAUCUUUGGUGUAAUCAGUGUUCAAAUUUCAUCUACUAUGAAAUGUUAGAGAGGUAUCCAUCUUGUGCCUUUUUUUUUUUUUCGCUUUAAAAAUGUUUUUUCAUCUUCAUCGACUCAAAGCUACAGUAGAGCAGCUAAGUCUGUACUGGAACGCUUACAAGAUCCUCAAUAAAGAAUUGGCUUCUA